UGGUCAUGUUUCUGAGGAGCUGCUGCAGCGUCUGGAUCCUGCUGGUGGGCGUCGCGGCGUCUGCAGUGUUUGUGGAGAAGGACGCCGCCAACACCGUGCUGCAAAGAUGGCGGCGAGCAAACAGCGGCUUCCUGGAGGAGCUGCAGAAAGGAAACCUGGAGAGGGAGUGCAUCGAGGAAGUGUGCGACUACGAGGAGGCGAGGGAAGUGUUCGAGGACGACGACAGAACGAAGCAGUUCUGGCUCACCUAUGAACGUCGUGACCCCUGCCUGGAGAACCCGUGUCAGAACAGCGGCUCGUGUGUCUACCUCGGGACGACCUACCAGUGUUUCUGUCCCGCUGGGUUUGGAGGGAAAUACUGCGAGAGACCCGUGGAGAACUUACUGAAGUGUCUCUACCAGAACGGAGGCUGUGAGCAUAUCUGUCACAGCUCUGGAGAUCAUCACAGUUGUCUGUGUGCGUACGGGUAUACGCUGGGACCAGACGGACGACAGUGCAGCGCUAAGGGGGAGUUCCCGUGUGGACGGCCGGCUCCACAGGAACCAGACCUGAACCAGGGCGUGGCGGAUCAGACCAGGGUGGUGGGGACGACCCACUGUCCCAGAGGAGAGUGUCCCUGGCAGGUCCUGGUCCAGCUGAACGGAAACAGUCACUGUGGAGGAGUCCUGGUUCAUCCGGACUGGGUCAUCACAGCCGCACACUGUGUCCAUGGCAACGACCCCCAAAACCUCACCGUGGUAGCAGGGGAACACAACCUGGAUGUAGAAGAGGGCACAGAACAGAGGGUACCUGUUUCCAUGGCGAUCUCUCACGAGGCUUUUGAUAGGGGGACAGGUAACAGCGACGUCGCCUUGCUGCGUCUGGGUCAGUCCGUCACUUUGAACCGUCACGCCAUCCCGGUCUGCCUGCCGACCAAGUCCCUGGCUGAGCGGGAGCUCCUGGGGACCAGGUACCACGACGUGUCGGGGUGGGGCCUGAGGACCACCGGGGGCAACCAGGUGCAAUCCUCCGCCAACGCCGCUCCGGUCUCCCCCUUUCUCCGGAAAUUCACCGUCCCCCUGAUCGACAGGUCCAAGUGCUCCCCAGGCUCCGCCCACUUUAACUUCAGCAGCAGCCUGCUCUGCGCCGGGUACAUGGAGAUCGACCAGCCUAGUUGCCAUGGAGACGACGGAAGCCCGCUGGUCACGCUCUACGGCUCCACCCACUUCCUGACGGGCGUGGUGGCGUGGGGGCAGGGCUGCUCACCGCGGGGCAUUUACGGGGUCUACACCAACAUGGCUCACUACAUGGACUGGGUGGAGGUCACCAUGAAAAACCCGCCCCCCAUGACCACGGCCAAUCAGAGAGCAGCAGAGACGGCGUUCGACCUGCUGGAACAGAAACACGUUUAAGAGUCUGAUCCCUGUGAUGGAUCAGAUCUGAGGAAAAACUGUU